AUGACAGCGCUCCCGGCGCCUUCAGCGCCUGCUCCCCCCGCACCGGUGCCUGCGCCCAAGCCGCGCGCACCGCCCUGUGCACCGGGGGAUGAAUUCGAGUUGCACUUCAUCGGCGAGUUGGAGUGGCUGGCCUGGGCUGGACUCGAGGUGGACGACGGGCUCUUCGUCGACUACUCCUGCGAGGCGGGGAUGGAUUGGCUCCCGAUUGCUCGGAAGGAAGGCUUCGUGGGGCAGACGCAGACUUGCUAUGCGGACGCUCAUGGAGUGUAUGUCUUCAAUCAUCCCAUCGACUUCCACUACAUCGCCGACUCGGUGGCCAGCUGGCCUCAGUUGCAUUUGCAAGUCUUCAAGUUGGACGCCGCCGGGCGUGUGGAGACCUUGGCCUACGGCUCCAUGACCUUGCCCAACGCCUGCGGGCAUCGGGAGGUCACUGUGAGGACCUGGCGACCCUUGCAGCGAAACGUCCUGGAGGAGGCCCGUACGGUCUCCAGCACCUCCGGCGCGGAUGGCGCCCUGCCAGCCUCGCGGGCUGAGGUGCUCCAUGGCGAGGUCCGUUCCAAAAUGGUGACGAAGACCUCUGGCAGCAUCCUCGUGGCCCUGGAUACCGCCGGGCUCCACAAGAAGAGACCGGACCCCGGGAUGCAUGAAGAUCAAUUCCGUCCGGUGCCCCGUCCCACGGCCUCGACCGUCCUGCGCCGUUCCCGCUGCUAUGGCGCGGUGCCGGGUCCCGGUGGCUCGAUGGGCGCAGGUGGAAUUGCCACAUCAUUCCUUCUCCGCUCCGCAGGGGCUCCCAGGCUCGAGUUCAGCAACCUGCUGGGUGACUGGAUGCUGAGUGGGUCGAGCAUCUUUUUGAGGGAGCGCUUGCUGCUACAUCCCCAUGUGAACGAACGCUGCUGGGCAGAAGUGACCGGGUGCGGUAUAGCUGGAUUCAGUUCUUCGAGUGGUUUUGAGAUGAACUCUGAUACAGAUAUUGGAGAUUUGGAAUUAGAGCUCACCGCCACCUUCGUGGCCAACGGCGCCAAGGACGUCUCGCAGGCGCCGAGCGACCAAAGCUUUGCCUUCUGGUUCGUCCGGCAGAACAUCUCCGGCGACUUCAACGAGACGCGCAUGAUCCGCGCGGCUUCGUGGAAGCAAGGUCUAGAGGAAGAGGGCUACAUGUUGAGCGGAUCCAAGGCCCUCUUCGAAGGGAUUGGAGCUGUCUUCUCAACCUCCGAUGUGGCGAAGAAGCCCAACACGGCUGUUUCCUUUGUGAGUAACGACAAUCACCAGAGCCUCAGCUACUUCGUGGACGUUCCCACCAGCAACGCCAAGAUCUUGGACUUCCGAAACAAAGAGGUGGAGUUCAAGUUCCGAGUGCAGCCAACCUUGGUGCAGGCAUUCCUCACCUUGGAUGGCCAGACCCACGAGUGCUUCUCGGUGGAUCGCGCGGGCUUCCCGGUGAAGGCGCCUCCCACCGCGACCACGACGGCGACCGGUCGCCAGGUGGGUGGCUUUAUUGGCUUUACGGCCUGGAGCGGUCGUGCGGACCCCGAGGAGGAGGUCUCUAUGGUGAGCACAGGGUUGAUCGGGAGGCCAGAAAGUUCUGCUGGUGAUGGUAGCAUGAUCUCGGACGCCAUCUCCGUCACGAAGGUCGAAGUCAUCAACUUCGACGAUGAGGCUAUCGGUGAAGACGUGGUGGGCGCCACGGCGGAGGAGACGUCGGCGUACAGCGAGCUGAUGUCUUCGAACGCCCGGCACUUCGCGGACCAAAAGUCGCAGACCGAGCACCUCUCCCGGGUGACGAAGAUGCACCUGGACAGCAAAGGGGUGUUACGUGCAUACAUGCGUGCGUUAUAG